AUGGCCGCUGCAGCUCCCUCUGGCCGCCUGGCCGGCAAGAACGCCGUCAUCACUGGUGCCGCUGGCGGCAUUGGCCUUGAGACAUCCAUCCUGUUCGCCAAGGAGGGCGCCAACGUCCUCAUGUCCGACAUCUCCGCCGAGGCCCUCGAAAAGGCCCAGGCCAAGGUCAAGCAGCUCGUCCCCAACGCGCAGAAGGUCGAGAUCAAGAAAUGCGACGUCUCCAAGGAGGCCGAGAUCCAGGCCCUCGUCGAGGCGGUCGACUCUUGGGGCGGCCUCGACGUCAUGUUCAACAACGCCGGCAUCAUGCAUGCCAAGGACGACGACGCCGUCAACACACCCGAGAACAUCUGGGACCUGACGCAAAACAUCAACGUCAAGGGUGUCUGGUUCGGCUGCAAGCACGCCGUCCUCGCCCUCCGCCGCCACAAGAAGCAAAAGGGCAGCAUCAUUAACACGGCCUCGUUCGUCGCCCUCAUGGGUGCCGCCACUCCUCAGCUCGCCUACACGGCCUCCAAGGGCGCCGUCCUCGCCCUCACGCGCGAGCUCGCCAUGGUCCACGCCCGCGAGGGUUUCCGCUUCAACUCGCUCUGCCCCGCCCCUCUCAACACGCCCCUGCUGCAGGACUGGCUCGGCGAUGACCAGGCCAAGCGCCACCGUCGUGAGGUCCACUUCCCCACCGGCCGCUUCGGUGAGGCUAUUGAGCAGGCUCACGCCGUCGUCUUCCUCGCCAGCGACGAGGCCAGCUUCGUCAAUGGCCACGACUUUGUCGUCGACGGUGGCCUGAGCAAGGCCUACGUCACGCCCGAGGGCCCGGCGCCCGCGGCCCCUACCAACAACGCGUCCAAGAACUCGCUUGAGUAG